AUGGUGUUUAAAGCGCUUCUUGAGCUGCCUUGUGAAUCUCCAGAGCUGGUUUCUAUCGCAAUAUGUAAUGAAGAUGCCGAAGUCAAUAAGGCGAAUGUAGAGUAUUCACAUCAUGACAAUCAUAUUGUGAUAAACUUGUCUGCACAUAGAGCAAAGGACCUCAGUAGGGCGAUCAAUGCAAUUCUUUCUAGGUUCAGAUUGUGCACUGAAACCGUUGAAAUGUGCAAAUCUCUUCAGAAAUAA